AUGCAGCUCUCCAACCUCAUGCUUGCUCUGGUAGCCAUUGGCGCCAGCCUGGGUCUCGCUGCUCCUUCACCUGAGAAGUAUAGUGCAGCUUCCGCUCAAGGUUGCCCUAAAGGUUGGGAGUUCUGCGGUAUUAAUAGGAAUGCAAUGGCACCUCUUGCAAGAUCGCCGGACUCAACCAUUCUGGUCAAGUGGGCAGCGUAA